UGGCCAUACUGAUUGGGAGUCACUAAUCUUGUAUGCAGGGAUAAGAUCUCGUUUUGGUAAAUUAUUGAUAACACGAUAUAUUUAUCUUUUACGUAGUUUGUCAAUAGAUUUGGGAUCAAUAUGAGUGAGAGAAUACUGCAGAUAUUUAAUUCAUUUCAUGACUUUUUAAGUAAUGAAGAAGAAUUGCGUGAGGAAAUCCGUUUUAAUGUACGAGAUCUUGAAAAAAGUUGCAGAGAUAUUCUGAUGAUAUUACAGAAUAUUCAUAAUGAAAUCACAGUUGUAUCUGAAUAUUGUGCAAAAGCAAGAGUAAUAUUUGAAGAUGUACGUAAAAGUUAUGAGUUACUUGCAAAAGCUGUACCAAAAGAUCAAUACUAUAGGUUUCAUGACCACUGGCGUUUUGUUACACAAAAAUUAUGUUUCUUAGCAUCUUUAGUAAUAUAUUUAGAAAUUAAGGUUUUGGUUACUAAGGAAACUGUUGCAGCAAUGUUAGGAGUCAAAAAUAAUAGAGAAGAUGGUUUUCACUUGGACUUGGAAGAUUUCUUAAUGGGUUUACUACAAUUAUCUACAGAAUUGAGUCGUUUUGCUGUAAAUAGUGUUACUAAUGGUGAUUACAAUCGGCCUAUAGAGAUUGCAAGAUUUGUGAAUGAACUAAACGUAGGUUUCAGAUUAUUAAAUUUUAAAAAUGACAAUCUAAGGAAACGUUUUGACAGUUUGAAGUACUCCAUUAAAAAAAUAGAGGAAGUUGUUUAUGACCUCAGUAUACGAGGUUUAAAACCAUCUUCGUGCCCUGCUGCUCAAGAAACAGAGUAAAUAUUUUGUAAGGACAUUUUAUAAUACUAAAGAAAUUUAUCAUUAUAUACAUUAUUGAAAUAACUAUU